UGCUGUUGGUUUUGCCGAGAUGCCUGUGACUCUUGGAGGCUGAGUGGGCUGUUUGGCCAAAGGGCAGAGGCCCUCUCCAUCAUGCAGGAGAAUGACCAGACUCUGCUCUCUCAGGGAUUUGUGAUCUCCUGGAUGGAGCAAGAGGAAGAGUUGCAGGUCCUGGAUCUCCAGGACUUGGAGGAAACCGAGCUCCCAAGGUUCACAGCAGUAGAUGGGGGUUUGGGUGACAAUGUGGUGGAGAUGCCUGAUCCUGAGGAAACUGAUCUGCAUGGGACACUGCUAGGGGGAUCCAGCGGGGCCCCUCUCCAGAGUCCCAAGAGUGACUGCAAGGUGGGCUGGGAAUGGCAAGGCCCUGCAAGCCAACCCACCCCUGGUGAAGGAGCUACAGGGGAUCACCACGAUGCUGCUGCCCAGCCGAGAGCCUCCACGGGGGAUAAGCCCUAUAAAUGUAGUGAAUGUGGGAAGGGCUUCAGCCAGAGCUCUGACCUCAUCCGGCACCUGCGCACCCACACCGGCGAGCGCCCCUACAAGUGCCCCGAGUGCGGCAGGGGCUUCAGUGACAGCUCCACCCUGCUCAAGCACCAUCGCGCGCACACGGGCGAGCGCCCCUACAAGUGCACGGAGUGUGGCAAGGGCUUCAUCCUCAGCUCCUACCUCAUCCAGCACCAGCGGGUGCACAGCAGGGAGAAAGCCCACAAGUGUGCCAGCUGUGGGCGCUGCUUCGGCCAGAGCUCAGAGCUGGCGCAGCACCAGUGCGCCCACCUGGGCGAGCGCCCCUACAAGUGCAGCGAGUGUGGGAAGGGCUUCAGCCAGAGCUCUGACCUCAUCCGGCACCAGCGCACCCACACUGGCGAGCGCCCCUAUAAGUGCCCGGACUGCGGCAAGGGUUUUAGCGACAGCUCCACCCUCAUCAAGCACCAGCGCACCCACACCGGCGAGCGCCCCUACGUGUGCACAGCCUGCGGCCGGGGCUUCAGUGAAAGCUCCACGCUCAUCAAGCACCAGCGCACGCAUACGGGCGAGCGCCCCUACGUGUGCACCGAAUGCGGCAAGAGCUUCAGCCUCAGCUCCACGCUCUUCAAGCACCAGCGCACGCACACGGGCGAGCGGCCCUACCUGUGCACGGAGUGCGGCAAGGCCUUCAGCCUCAGCUCCAACCUCCUGCAGCACCAGCGCACGCAUGCGGGCGAGCGCCCCUUUGCCUGCGCCCAGUGCGGCAAGCGCUUCACGCAGAGCUCCAACCUGCUGCAGCACCAGCGCACCCACACCGGGGAGCGCCCCUACCAGUGCACCCAGUGCGGCCGCCACUUCAGCCUCAGCUCCAACCUCAUCCAGCACCAGCGCACCCACUUGGGCGAGCGCCCCUACGCCUGCGCCCAGUGCGGCAAGCGCUUCGGCCUCAGCUCCAACCUGCUGCAGCACCAGCGCACCCACACCGGGGAGCGCCCCUUUGCCUGCGCCCAGUGCGGCAAGCGCUUCGGCGACAGCUCCACCCUGAGCAAGCACCGCCGCACCCACGUGGGGCAGUGCUCCUUCCAGUGCACUGAGGGUUUUGGGGACAGUGCCACGCUCCUGCAGCACCCGCACACCCACCGGCAUGAGCAGCCCUACCAGUGCACCCAAUGCAGCAAGGCCUUCAGCCAGAGCUCCUGCCUGGCCCAGCACCAGCACACCCACAAGGACUGGCCCCUCUGUGCCAUUGCGCCCUGCCCCUAACCUCAACCGUCAGGUCCUGGGAAGUGCCAAGAGGCCCUGCCCCUAACCUUGGCCACCAGGCUCCAGGGAGGGAAACAUCCACCCAAGGCCCUGCAGUCCUCCGGCAGCGCCAUAGCAGCAUGGGACAAAUGGAGAGCUCAAGCAGCCCGCCUUGGGCUCAGUGUCCCAGCGACUGUGCCCGUGGGCUGGCAUGCACUGAUUACCUGCAGGCUACCAGCGGUGCCCUCCCGGAAGCUGUGCAGUUCAGGCUUCCGCCGUGCAGCGCUGCUAACUCUUGCGGAGCUGGCUGUGAGAGAGGCCCGACAUGCAGCAGCACCUCCUACUCCACAUGUCAGUGCCCCAACCAGACACAUCCCACGGGGAACUUGGGUAAGAACCUGUUUGAACGCUGUGGGGGUCAAAGUUCGACUCGUGCAUGAACAUUGGCAUUGGCUUAUCAGAGACUGGAGAGAGCUCAUCUAGUGGAAUGACGCAGGCAGGGUGAGACUAAUUCCCACUCCCAGCAAUAACAGGAUAAAACUAAGAAAAAGAAAAUCUCGGCCAAGUACUGAGGGAAAACUUCCACCAGUGAGAUCCGUUAGGCUGUGGGGUCGUUUCCCCAGCGAGGGGGCUGGGGCCCCAUCUCUUGAGUUAUUUAAAACUGAACUGGAUAAAAAGAGCUUUCCUUAAAAGUCACACACAAAAUUGUCUCUAAAUGCAGGGAAGGAAUUGGGCCAAUCCCACGCAGCUGCUGUCCAGCUCCAAUGUGAGACCGUUGUAGGGUCAGCAGAGUCGGGAGCGACUGUCAGCCAGUGAGGCUUUGGUAAGAAUUGGAAAGGACCUGCUCAGUGCAUGUGCCGGCAGGGAGAUGACACAAUGUGGGCUGGGGGUUUCUGACCUGGAAGUAAAAUGUGUUCUCUUUAUUCUCAUUCUCUUUCUGCGUCCUUCCCAGACCGCGCGUGGUUCUGUGUGAGAUGUUUCUGGGAGGUCUGAGGUAGAGCUGUUAUCAUGUGCAUACAGUAAAGAGACUUGAUACAUUUUAAAGCACA